AUUCCCUAGCAGGUCAGUGUCGCAGGAGAGAAAACAGAGAGCGGGACUGAACACCCACUGGUGGGUUAAUGUCUGCCGGUUAACAAUCAUAAAUCCUCUCGGACCUCUUCCUCCACUGUCGGUAUCCUUCCUUCCGGUUGUUUAUGGUGUUUUCCUCACUUUUUAUUGUACAUCUAAAACGAACAACAGUUUCCACGGGCAGAAAAGCUCCUGAGUCAAGGUUCCAGGUGUUUUCAUUGCCCCCUGAGGUCAUUCAUUUUACAGCCGUUACUAAAACAUCAGGGUGAAACGGUCACAACCUUCACUCAGAGAGUUUAGUCCACUUGUUCACUAGAAGCUAAAGAAACAAUGGCUCCAAAGAAACCAAAGAUGGAAGAAAACAAUCAAGAUAUACGAGACUUUCUCACAAAGCAAGAUGAUGUUCCUGGUAGUUCCAGCAGCAGAAACAGAAAAAAACCUAAAGUUUCAGAGAAUGAGAUGAAUCCAACGGUGAAGGAAGAAAGGAUGGAAGAAGAUGGAGCUGCAGAGCUGGAUGACCAUAAUCAUAACUUCAUAGUCAAAUUUGGCUCAGAUGGUAGAGAACACAUGGUUUACUGUAAGAAACCAGGUACUGUUCUUCAGACAAUAAAAUCAGAGAAACCCAAAGAAUAUAACAAAUAUAUAAAGAAAUCACAGAAAACAAAAAUAUCAGACGAAAACAUCAUCAUUAGAUCAGGUAAAGGAAAUAAUUCCCACAUUGUUGCAACACAUUUUCCUUGUUCUUGUGUGAAGGACGAAGAGACUCUCACAAUAACUACAUCAGCUAAAGUUGUUGAGAAACAGCCAGAAGAGGCCAGAGCUCUCCUAAAGGGAGAGUAUUUUGUUUUCUUCAUAGAUAAAGAAGGAGGAGAAAACACCAAAACUAAAACAAAUCUCAUUUUUAGAUGUAACAGCAUUCUUACGCGAUUUAGGUAUUUCUGUGUUUAUGGGGCAAAAGGGAUGACAGUGGAAGAUGUUUUAAGACGGGACGGUCGCUUUGUUGACGGUCUCAGAAACUUCAAUUUGUCUGAAGACGAGGCUGAAGCCCUUACAAACUCUACAGAAAUAGUUGACAACCUAGAUGGGAAGAAAUUCCAAAUAAAUCUUCCGAAGGAAGAAAAAACAAAAGCAACAAAUCCAUCACAAGUAGUUCAAGAGCAAGACCCAAAACAACAGACCAGCCAUGAGCAGCAGCAGGAGGGAGAUGCUUCUGGAUCAACCAAAGUACAGAAGACGAGUCAAACUGUAACAGUUCUAGAGCAUGCAAGACAAAAGGGUGUCAGUAUAAAGGCAGCAAUAGAAGAAUUAAAGAUUAAAAUUGACCUUAAUGAGAUCAAUGACCUUCUGCGGAACCAGUUUCCACAACUAAAAUCCUGGAUGGAGAUGAGAUUUACUGGUCGUUCCUUUGACAAAACCCUGAAACUGAAAAAGGAGAACUUUGGAAAGAUCCAGAAUUCCUUUAGUGAAGUUCACACUGUGAGAGAGCUGCUGGAGCUCAGCAAGUCCAUUUGUCUUUUGAUCAUAGAGGAGAAGAAUAAUUCAGGUUUAACUGAGUUAAAUAAAACUGUGAAGGGCACAGGCUUUGUUCUGUUUGACAACUUUGUUCUAACCAAUGCCCACUUGUUUAAACCUUGGGUGGAAAUAAAUAACUGGAGGAACUAUUUGAAUAUUACUGCAGAGUUCAAUUUUGAAAAUAAACCAGGGAUGAAAUAUCAGGCUACACUAGUUGGUGAAAGUGAGGAUUUAGAUUUUGCUCUGUUAGAGCUCAUCCAAAUCCCUGAUCUAGAAGAGCUAAAGGAAAAACACCGAGGUCUCCUGAAGAUAUUUGGUCCAGUACCUCUACCUGUUUAUGAUAGUGGGGCUUGUAUUAUUGGUCAUCCAGCAGGAGGAGUGAAGAAAAUGGACAUUACAUGUAUCAUCAGGAACAAGGACACGGAGCAGAGGGUCAAGGAGAAUUUAGGGUCCUAUGAACCUUUUAUUGUCUGCUCAACUAAUUAUCAGAUCAAAAGAGAUCCCUCUGCAGAGAAGUGUGUGACCUACAACAGCUUCAUGUAUCAUGGCUCCUCUGGCUCCCCAGUGUUUGAUGCUUCUGGACGGGUGUUUGGUUUGCACUCUGGUGGAUUUUUCUAUGACAAGGUAAUUCCUGGUCACAGUGUUAUGGAGUUUUGCUACCCACUGCUUGAUGUAUUCAAAAAGCUUCUGGAAGAACUCCAUAAAGCUGGUAGGGAGGAUUUGUUGGAGAGAAUUAUGAAUGAAGCACAGGGAAACGGAUACCUUAAGGAGAUCAUUGUUGGACUGAAACAAACUAAAGAUCAGACUCUCUGUGUGGAGAAUCAGAGGAGAACAGAUGAAACAGGAGAACAAUUCAUUCCUGAGGAGGAAAUGGAGCAAAGUUAGUGUUUAAAUUAGAUGUCAAGAGAAAUAGCAUAUUUUUUACGGUAAAUGUUAUGUUUUAUAUGGAUCAUGGACUAUAAUCUGACAUCAGUUAAGACUGAGGCAUCAGUUUAGUACAAGUCAUAAAGUUUUUGACAAUUUUUGAUAAAAAAUCUGUAAUAAAAUCCCAAUCCCAAACAAGUGUGGGGAUUUGUUGAAUUUGCAUGACAAUUCUCAAGAAACUGAAUGGACUGAUUGAUGUAAUUUGGCAGUAAACAUUAAAACUGCAUUGAUUUAAUUGACAACAUAAUAUUUAAGGACACUUAGUGAAUCUAGAGGGCCACAUAAAAAAGGUUUUAUUAAAUUUAGUCUGAAUGUUGGAUGUUUUCUGGAACUGGAUUAUUUUUAUUAAUCAAGUAGAAAUGUGUUGUAACAAAUAUUCCCUUUGCUCUGACUAUUCUGAUCCAUUUAAAGAAAUGUUUUGGUUCUGUUUUAUAAUAAUCCAGAGAUAUCUGUAGGAUCCAGAUUAAUGUGGGAUGUAUGAAUCAGAUAAAACUUUUCUUAAAUGUUAAAGUAUGAUUAACUGACUCUGAGUGCUUUCUGUUAUAAUGAUUAUUAAAUUGUACUGUACGUCAUUUGACUACAUUAUGAUAAUAAUGUUUUUUAUUGAGUUGCUUUGAAUAUGCCUUCAGCUGUUUUUAGUUAAUAAUCAGGUUUCAUACGCUGUACUUUAAAUGUACAUGUCUUGGUUUCUGUAAUGUUUUAUUGCUGAUGUUUCUGUCAUGUGUUACCCCAAAAUAAACAAUAUAAUGACUUCCACUUUUUAAAAU